AUGGGUUAUGCUCAGACAGGAUAUAGACUGUGGGACUUAGAAAAUCAAAAAUUGAUAGUUGCAAGAGAUGUUGUGUUUGAUGAAGAUGAAUUUAGGUUUGAGAGAGAUGAAUGCAUGAAUAAGAGUCAGUGGUUCGAUGAGAAUGAUGUGAGUGAACAAAUAAAUGAUGAUGAACAAGUGUGUGAGAAGGGGGAUGAAGGAGACACUGUAGAUAGACCAGGGAAUAAGAGACAAGUUAAAAUUCCUGAAAGGUUUAAUGAUUACGAACUAUACAUGGCGUUUGAUGCAUGUAGUUUUAUUGAGAAUGUGCCUAAAAAUUUUGAUGAAAUAGAAAAUAGAACAGAUAGGGAUAAUUGGAUGAAAGCUUUGGAAAGAGAACUUGAGUCAAUAGAAAUAAAUGAGACAUGGCAAGUAGUUGAUAAGCCUCAAGGUAUUCAAAUUUUGGACACAAAAUGGGUGUUUUCAUAUAAAUCAAUGGAAGAGAAUGAGAUGGAUAAAUUUGAGGCACGAAUGGUGGACCGAAGCUACAAGCAUAAGUAUGUUUUCACAGCCGACAUUCGGCAAAUGUACCGUCAGAUCUUGGUUGACCCUGUUCACCGUAAGUAUCAGCGGAUUCUAUGGCGGUUCAGUCCAUCAGAUCCGGUUGAAUGCUAUGAACUCAACACGGUCACGUAUGGAGUUUCUUCGGCGCCUUUUCUGGCCCUUCGAACAUUGCAUAAAUUAGCAGAUGAUGAAGAAACAUCUUUUUCCCUGGCAGCUAGAAUCCUUCGUGAUGACGUAUAUGUAGAUGACGUCGUGUCGGGAUCUGAUGAUCUCCAAGGUUCCAUCAACCUCAGGGAUGAUCUGAUUGCUCUAUUGGGUAGGGGUGGAUUCGAGUUGAGAAAGUGGUCAAGUAAUAAUCCAUGUAUUCUUGAAGGUAUUCCAGAUGACCAUCAGUUGUCACAAUCCUUUUCCUUCGAUGAGGGCGAUUUUGUCAAAAUUCUGGGUUUGAGAUGGAAUCCUUGCUCAGACUGUUUUUCAUUUGCCGUUACAGGAAUAGAAAAUAGUUGUACGAAACGGAGUAUUCUUUCACAACUUGCACGCAUCUAUGAUCCAUUGGGUUUUCUAACACCCUUCACAUUUCUUAUGAAAUAUUUUAUUCAGCUGCUCUGGGUUCAGGGAUUGCAGUGGGAUCAGGUUCCUUCAUCGGAAUUUGUCGAUCAUUGGAGUCAGUGCAGGUCCGAAUUGUCUGAUCUGCAGGAGUUACAAAUUUCGCGACGUCUAAGUCUUAGUUCAAGGGUGAGAUGUGAACUACACGGAUUUGGUGAUGCAAGCGAGAGAGGAUAUGCUGCAGUGGCCUACUUCCGAUUUUUAAACACUGCAGGAGAGGUCUCGAUUUCUUUCAUUUGCGCCAAGUCUAAAGUUGCUCCAAUUAGGCGAAUUUCACUUCCUCGUUUAGAGUUAUGUGCCUCUUUAUUACUGGCCAAAUUAAUUUCUUUCAUCAAAUCCACUUAUUCAUCUAUUAAAAUAGAUGAUAUAUACGCUUGGUCAGAUUCUAAAGUUGCUCUAGCGUGGAUUAAAUCUUCUCCUCAUAAAUGGAAAUCCUUUGUCAGCAAUAGAACGACAAAAAUUCAGGAUUUGGUACCGCCGGAACGUUGGUUUCAUGUGAGGUCUGAAGACAAUCCUGCUGAUUUUGGAUCUAGGGGACUCACGCCAUCAAAACUGGUGAGAUGCACCAUGUGGUGGUCGGGACCAAGUUGGUUGUCCUCACCAGCUCCAUUCAACUUGGAGGUGGAGUUUUCAGGUUCUGAUGAUCCCUUAUGUUCAGCAGAGGCAGGAAAAAUUGCAUUGACAACCUGUAUCGAAACAACCUUGGUUGAUGAUAUUUUGUCCAGGUUUUCUACGCUCUCCAAAAUUCAGAAUGUUCUGGCUUAUGUUUUGAGGUUUUGUUUCAAUUCUAGAUAUCCUUCUCUACGCCGACGUGGUGGCUUGACUUCCUCGGAGCUAAAGAAAUCUCUUUAUCUCAUCGUGAAAACUGUUCAAUCACAGGUUUUUAGUGAUGAUAUACUCAAUCUUCAGAGAAAGAAACUUAUUUCCAAACCGCUAAGAAAAUUAAACGCGUUUCUUGAUUCAGAUGGAAUUCUCAGGGUGGGCGGUCGUAUUGCCUUUUCUGGACUCUCCUACGAGAAUAAACAUCCAGCACUUCUUCCUUGUCACCAUCUCUUAACAGAUUUAAUUAUCCGACAUUUUCAUAUUCUUUAUCUGCAUCCAGGGCAUCAGAUGCUACAAUAUUUAUUAUGCCAACAGUUUUGGAUUCUUUCACCACGAAGAGCGAUUCAUCGUGUACUUUCUAAAUGUAAUACAUGCUUCAGAGUAAACCCAAAACCUGUCCAACCACUCAUGGGAAAUUUACCCGCUGUUCGUUUAAAUAAAAUUAAACCUUUUAGGUGCGUUGGCGUUGAUUUUGGGGGCCCUUUCUUCGUUACCAUGUCACGAAGUCGUGGAACUAAAUAUACCAAAGCAUAUAUAUGCCUUUUUAUAUGUUUUGCUGUGAAGGCAGUACACGUUGAGCUAGUUUCUGAUCUCUCCUCAGAGGCCUUUCUGGCAGCAUUACGACGAUUUAUUGCCCGUCGCGGUAGGUGUCAGAGAAUUUUUAGUGACGGAGGUACCAAUUUCCGAGGUGCUCACGGAAUUCUACUCAAUUUGAUGAAAAAUGCGGUAGAAAGUGAAAAAAUUGAGUGGACGUUCAAUCCCCCGUCAUCCCCUCACUUUGGAGGACUUUGGGAGGCGGGAAUAAAAUCUACGAAGACUCAUCUCCUGAGAGUAAUAGGUGAACAAAAGCUCACCUAUGAGGAGUUGUACACUGUGCUCACACAAAUUGAGGCCGUUCUAAAUUCGCGCCCUCUAUGCCCUCUUAGCAGUGACCCCAACGAUACCUCAGCUUUAACCCCAGGACAUUUUUUAACUCUUGCGCCUCUCUCAGCACUACCUGAUGAAGAUUUGUCCGAUCUACCGAUGAGAAGGCUUUCUCGAUGGCAAUUAUUAACACGAAUGCAUCGGGAUUUUUGGAAGCGUUGGCAAAGGGAAUAUUUACACACUUUGCAACAGCGGAAAAAGUGGAAUGAAUCAUCCAAUUAUCCAUUGAAGCCAGGAAUUCUGGUCAUUGUAAAUGACGGGCCAAUCUCACCUUUACGUUGGCGCUUGGCACGUAUAGAAAAAUUACACCCUGGCUCCGAUGGAAUAGCUCGUGUGGCUACAAUCAGAACCGUUAAUGGGUCACUGCAGCGACCUGUCGUUAAGCUUUGUCCGCUUCCCGAACAAUAG